AUGGCAAGCGCAAAGCUACCCAAUCCUAUCGCUACACCAAAUCUUAAAAGAAGAACAGAUGCUGUACGCAAAAAACAAUUACAAUUACAACAAAUGUUGUUAAAUCCAAAGGGGUUUCUACAUCGAUAUAUGGCUGAGAAGAAAAAAGUAGUUAAAAGAAAAGCUGUCAAAUGCAUACAAGAUACCGAUCGCGCAUGGUUCGGGACACAACAAGGUGGAAAUUUACGAACACGCAGAAAACCUGUUAAUAAACUACCAACAAUCUACCAAUAUUAUCAAUAA